AUGAAAGUACUACUUUUGGCGGCUAUUAUUGCCGCUGUUGCUUCAAAUCCACUCACUGAAAAUGCUAAAUGGCCCUGGCAAGUAGGAAAAGAAUACGUCUAUGACGUUAACACUUACACCUGGACCAAGUUCGAGAAUAGCAACAGCAAUGGCAACGCUUUCAAGUCUCAGUUAGUGAUCCGCGUCCAGGCUCCUGGACAUCUUCUGGCUAAAUUACAAAACCCCUUACAUGCACAGAUUCAAGGAGUGCUGAAUAUCAACGAUGUUCCUUCUGAUUUGAAAUAUGAAGAUGUUUCGAACAUCGACGAGGUUUUCGAAAUUUUCGUUGAUGGAGGUCGUGUGCUGUCUCUGACAGUACCUUCCUCCCUGUCAUCGGCCAACGAGAACAUAAUCAAAGCUUUGAUCAGCGCACUACAAGUCGAUUUAUCUACAUUUGGACAUGUGGACAAUUUCCCCAACAGCUUCGACAAAAAUACCUUCCAAGGUCUCUUCAAGAAAUCGGAAGCUGAUGUGACAGGCGACUGUGAAAUUUUAUAUUCAGUUUCUCCAAUUUCUGUAGAAGUACGUCGUGGCUUGCAAUCAUUUGCUGAAGACCCCAUCGAGAUCACUAAGAGUAAGAAUUAUGAUUCGUGCAAGAAACGAAUUGGUUUUGCCUUUGGUGUCCCAGAUGGAGCUGUCUGGAAUGGACUUGCUUAUGAAAACGAUGAAAGACAGUUCAUUAAGCACACUACUGAAUCACGUAUUCAUGCUGGUAAACAAGAAACAAUCUACAAAUCGGAGACAUUGGACACUGUGUUUGUAAAUCCUCUCUUAUUCGGAAAACAAAAAGCUGAAGUCUAUAGUUACGUUGGUCUCAUUUUGUCUUCUAUAGAGGCAGUAGGUAGCACUGAAUGGGCAAGACCUGAAGAAGUUCGUGCAGUUGACUCACUUUUGUCAUCAAAUGAUGUAGACUUAUUGUUUAAAGUUAGCCCUGACAACAUUGUCAGUGCGCAAAAAGUUCUCCAUGAAGUCACUGUAACACUGCAAGGUCCUUCAAAUUUGUCCAAAGACAACUUGUUGUCAAAGUUUAAUGUUCUGGUUCGUUUCAUAAUGUUAAUGAACUCCGAGCAAUUAACUCAAAUGACUAACAGUGUUGAGGAUUCUAGAACUUCAAAUAAUGCAGAAAAUAUUAAAACGUGGACUAUCUAUCGCGACGCAGUUGCACAGGCAGGUACUGUAGCCGCCUUUAAAGAAAUCAAGUCGUGGAUUCUUACUCAGAAAAUUCAAGGCGAGGAAGCUGCAGAAGUUAUCGCUUCUGUACCUGGCAGUCUAAGUAUCUCAAACAAAGAUAUCAUGAAUGAAUUUUUGGAACUUGCUUUGAACCCGCAAAUUAUGGGGCAAAGGUACCUUAAUAGUUCUGCUAUAUUAGCUGCAACUAAAUAUAUUCGCUCUGGAAAUGAGAACCGUUUUGUAGUUGAAAAGGUUAUACCUCGUCUCGCUUCAGUACUAAAAGAAGCUAUCAACGACGAUGAUAGCAGUAAGGCCCAGGUUUACAUUAGAACUCUUGGCAACUUAGCUCACCCUGAUAUCUUAAAGGUCUUUGCUCCAUACCUUGAAGGUCAAAUCGCCGUAACAAAGUACCUCCGUACACAAAUGGUGAUCAGUCUGAAAACUUUGGCUAACAAAAAGAACGAACGUGUUCGCGCUGCACUCUUUAGCAUCUUGAGAAACACUGCUGAACCAUACGAAGUCAGGGUUGCUGCCGCUCUGAACAUCUUCUUAGCUUUCCCCACUGCAGAGAUGAUGCAAAUUAUGGCACAUAUGACUAACGAUGACCCGAGUCUCCAAGUACGUGGUGUUAUAGCAACUAGCAUAUCUUUUGCAGCUAAUCUAAAGGAUCCACGUUUUGCAGAGCUUGCCAAAACCGCUCAGGCUGUUUUGAGUAUCGUAUCUAAGGAAAAAUUCGGUUACCGAGCAUCCUCUGACAGUAUUAUUGAUGACUACACUUCCAGUGAUGACCUUGCCCACUUUAGGGAAUUGUCUUACAUCGGAAGUUCGACUAGUUUCUUUCCGAAGUACCACAGGAGUGCUUUGAGAUUAAGAGGCACUGGGUUGACAGAAGAAGACUGGAUCUCAAUGUCGAUUUGUAACGAACAAGAUUUAUUCAACUACUUAAAGAUUCCUUUCUCUACGUAUCAAUAUUCUUCAGAUCCUUUUGUAAAGUUUCCAGCCAAGAAAGUAGCCGCAGAACUAAACAUUACACGUAAACAUGACCCCAUUGAAGGCGCAAUGUUCAUUGAUAAUAUGAACCAGCAAAGAUUAUUCACUUUCGGUCAAAGAGAUCUCCAUUUUCUCAACUCGGACGCAUCCCAAAAAGUUCAAAGACUGUUAACUGGUGACGAGCAUCAAUAUACUAAGGUUAUAAAUGCCAAACAAGUUGUUGUAACUUUUCCUCUCGCUUCUGGUAUGCCUUUUGUGUACACAUAUAGCGAACCAGUUUUCUUUAACAUUAAAGUUACAGCUACCUCUAAAUUUACGUUUACAAUGUCUAUCUUGUUAGAUAAGAAUAUUGAAUUCAACUAUUUAAGAAAUAUGGACGGCAGUGUCGGAUUCUUAGACACUAUUACUGGAGUAUAUGCUAGCAGCGGUGUUAUUAAUAAGUUACAAUACUUUGUCCCUUUGAAGCUUACAACCAAGCCAAAAUUUACUGAAAUUACCUUCGAAAUUGAUCUUCCGGAAAAAGACGGCAAUCUUGUUCAUAUGAGUGUUUUUCCCUACACAUCUCUGCAAAAAGUGCAUUCUACAUUAGCAGUAUCUGAAGAUGCAUCCACUAAAGUCAUUAAGCGCUCUGCUCCAGUUCUGACCACUGACAUAAAUAUUGGGGAAUCGGCUGGUGUCAGCCUUAAUCUGAAGGGCCACUCAUACUCUAACGAUUUCAAGAAAAAUAUUUUCGCUUCUGAUAUUUUGACGAACAUCCGUAACCUGCUGUACCAAAAUGAUAUUGCUUGUACGCACUUUGAUUUAAAAUAUAUAGCAGAGGAAACUAAAAACAAAAAAAUUACAACUACGAUAUCAUUUGAGACCUUAUUCGACCACCAAGGAGAUGAUAAAUUGGAGCCUGCGGGCCACCUCACUGGUCUUACAGGCAUCAGUGCGAACCGUCGUAAAAAGCUAGCUAAUCAGGUUGCAUCGAACAUUGAAUCUGCUAAAGUACAAAUUAUUGACUUGAGAGCUAUAUUUGAGGGGGAAGACAAAAAAGAGUUUAUAUUUACAGCAGCCUUAGCAAACAGUCCAUUGGACAAUAAAGCCCAAGCUAUUUUCUAUGCCAAAGGAGCUGAGCAAAUUAACGCCGUUUUGAAAGUAGUCAAGCCUAAAGUUGUUCCAUUAAACUUUGAGAAGGCUCUAAAGAAUGAAAUCAAAGUUCAAUAUGAAGCCGAUUUUAAGUACGGAAACUCUGAAAAUAUUAUUUUCAAAGCUGUUGGCCAACGCAGCAAGGAAUACACUGAAAGACUAUCCAAUGAUCCUGUAGGAAAGCAAUGCUUGCAAGAAACCAGCAACAAGAACUUCUACCAGAAGGAUUGUUACAAAAUGAUCAUCAAGGCACACGCACCUGAUUACUUCAAGGGCACACUGACAUAUAAAGAACUCAACCCUGUACUUUUGAACGCUACCUACAAAUUAUACAAUGUUUUCAAACACUUUACUACUUGGGAAGAGGACGAGGAUCUAUUGAAGGCUACUGAUGAUGGUAAAGUGGAAAUCGAAGCACAAGCGUUCUACUACGACAACUACAUUAACUACAAAUUCAACACCAAAUAUGGAGAGUUCCGCAUGAACAAUGUCCAGGGACGCUCCUACUACCCCUAUGCUAUGGCUAUCUAUGCGCCCAUUACAAACUGGGAGCGUUCUUACAACUGGUUCACUGGCUACCAACAUUUGCCUUUCUGUACUGUGGACGACAACAAAAUCUGGACAUUUAGCGGACGCAGCUAUGACUACAUUCUGACGGGAUCCUGGCACGUGGCUAUGGUAGACGAAUCUGGAGAGAGUGGCAAUGACCUUGCCAUCCUAGUUAAGAGGCCAAAUGAAAACAGCACAGAGGUCUAUGUUUCUUACCAGAAUAACAAGGGUAUGUUUUUGGAGAUUCAAAUCACCCCCGAGACAAUUAAAGUAAAUAGCAACGCAAGAAAGAUAGUCGACAGUGGCGUCAUCACAUACUAUGAUGAUAUGUACAAAACACCUUUUGUGGAAUACUAUCACCUUCCCGCAGAGAACUAUCAAGUAUACAGCUUGCACAAUGGGCUUAUUCGUUUAAUGUAUGAUGGCCACCGGCUUGUUAUCUUCUCCGGUUCCUACCGCAGCACCACCAGGGGUCUCUGUGGACAGAGCACUUCCCAACCCAGCGACGACUACAUGACUCCAUACGGUCUGGUGGACCUCCCGGAGCACUACGGAGCUUCCUUCUCUUUGGAAGGUGAAGGCAACGACCCUAAGACUGUAGAGCUGAAGAAGGAAGCUAAAUUGAAGGCGUACCAGCCUGUCACCCAGUACACGAACAUCUUUCGCUCUGAUGAUGAAUGGAGCCAUUUGAAGUCCAUUAAUGAACUGGCUUAA